AACAGAGUGCGCCAUAUUUAAAGAAGCUGCCGGACGCUGGGCGGUUUGGAUAAUUUUUUUUGUUAGUUUGUUGUUAUUUUUAUUAUUGUUAUUUUCAUUUCUUAAAUCGAUAAAUAAUCCCGGCUCCCGGGGGAACAGGAGCAGGUUCGCUGGAGCGGCGGCGGCGGCGGCGGCUCCUCAGUUUGGAGCUUUAGGAGCAUUCCCCUGAACAGGAGCGAGCUCAUGGCUGCAGCUGGUCAGAACUUACCAGGGUUGCAACAGCCCCUGGGUGUUACGCAGUCCAUGGCCAAAAAACGCAAAGUGACAGAUGACAAUACAGAGCGCUCCCCUCUGAAGGAUCGGACGAUGAAUAUCAACGAGACUGUGGUUAACGAUAACAAGAACCCAUCGCAGCGCUCACGCCUUCCACAGCCUUCAGUGAAGAGAAUGAAACUGAAUACAACAGUGGACAACACAGAUCUUGCCAUAGUUGUGAAGAAGUUUGGUUGCAGCACUGCACCCACCAGCAGCAAAGUGGUUUCAAACAGGCCCUCGAUUGGGGUAAGGAGCCAGUGUGGAGCUAGAUUGGCGAGACCUGUUCAAGGGGUGGUAACUAGAACUCGGGCUGUGAACUGUGCAGCCACUGUAACUGGAGCUAUGGGGAAGAAGCCAAGAGUAGCAGUCACUGCACCAUCCUCUGCCCAGACAGCAGCAGUUGGCUCCAAGAAGCGCCCAGCUUGGGAUUUGAAAGGGCACCUUAGUGACAUGAAGGUGCAGCUGGGUAACAUGAAGACACAGAUGUCUGAGUACACAAGCAAGCUAGAGGUCUCUGAGCUGCAGAGCAGGCAGCUUCAAGAGGGCAUGGAUCUGAGAGUCAAACAAUUGGAUGCUGCCAGCUUGCAGAUCAAAGAACUGCAAAGCAACCUAAAGACAAUGGAAUUGCUGCUGAAGGACAGAGAAGUGGAGCUGGAGAAGUGCCGAGAUGAGAAUACUGCCAUGCAGGGAGUGUUGGAGGUACAGGAAACUGAAGUAGAACGCUUAACUGCUCAGGUCAAAGAACUAAAGAGCAGCAGGAGUGUGCUCCAAAGCAACUAUCAGACCCUCUCCAGUUUGGCUGAGGAUACUGAGAACAAGCUGAAGUUGAAAGAGAUGGAGCUCUCACAAAAGCUUGCAUACGUAGAAGAGCAACAUUCAACAAUCACAUCCCUACGUGAAGUGAUCGUGGAUCGGGAGGAAAGGCUGCACCAUACAGAACAGGAGAGGCGCAGGCUGCACAACACUGUGCAAGAGCUCAAGGGUAACAUCCGUGUGAUCUGCCGCGUACGGCCAGUUCUGGAUUCUGAGAAGGAAGGUAGCAGUGAAAUUGAACAUGUCCAGUUCUCAGCCAGUGAUGAGAAGGUGAUCGCCCUGACUAAAAGGGAGGAGUCUCACAUUGGUCGCGAUCGGAAAGGCGAGGUGAAAUAUGACUUCAGUUUUGAUCGUGUAUUCCAGCCACUGGCAAAGCAGAAAGAUGUAUUUGAAGAUAUCUCUCAGCUGGUCCAGUCUGCCUUGGACGGAUACAAUGUGUGCAUCUUUGCUUAUGGGCAAACAGGCAGUGGGAAGACCUUUACUAUGGAAGGUCCCGAUGACAUGACAUCUGAAACUAAGGGGAUGAUUCCUCGAGCUGUUGAUCAGAUCUUCUCAACGGCACAGGAACUGAAGACCAUGGGAUGGACAUAUAAGUUCACUGCAAGCUUCUUGGAGAUCUACAAUGAGACACUUCGUGACCUGCUUGUGAUGAAACCAGAAAAAAAUGUUGAGUAUGAGAUCAAACGCCUCAACAAUAAAAGUGAACAGCUGCAUGUCACAAACCUCAAAUAUGUCACCGUCGCUACAGAGGAUCAGGUUCACAAUUUGAUUGCUGUUGCUAAAGCCAAUCGCUCAGUAGCAAAAACGGCAGCGAAUGAUCGUUCCUCACGGAGCCACAGUGUCUUCCAGCUGAUGAUUGAAGGGAGCAACUCUAACCGUGAACUCCAGUGUGCAUCAACCUUAAGUCUGGUGGACCUGGCAGGCAGUGAGCGCCUGGACAAAUCCCACUCAAAGGGUGAUCGUUUACGAGAGGCACAGGCAAUCAACACCAGCCUUUCCUGCCUUGGGCAUGUCAUCAUGUCACUGUCAAACAAGGAAUCCCACAUCCCUUAUCGGAACAGCAAACUGACCUACCUGCUUCAGAAUAGCCUCGGAGGCAAUUCAAAGACGCUGAUGUUUGUGAAUGUCUCUCCUUUGGAGGAGAACUUCAGUGAGUCACUCAAUUCCUUGCGCUUUGCCAGUAAGGUGAAUGAAUGUGUGAUUGGGACGGCACAGUUGAAUCGGAAAUAGUUAACCACAGCUGUAUGGUCUCAGCCAAAAACUGUAAAUAAUGUCAUUCCAAGUACUCAUCAAAUCUGCCUUUUUUAAAAUGCACAACUUCAAAUGUAAGAUGCAGAAUCAGUCACCAGAUUAAACGUGUUGCAAAUGUAGCUCUAAAAAGUUGCAAAUUUGGUAUAAACCUGCUUUUCUAUAUAUUUGGAAAUAUAGUGUAGGAUAUCUCUUUUUAGUGGAUGAGAAGGGCUGAAUCCUUAUUGGUGGUCUGAUUACAGUAACUGUGUUCCAGAGGAGGUGACACUUGUUUAUGGUCCUUUAGCAGUAUCUAUACCUGCUCAGGUGUCCUCUCCCCAGUGUUUUAUCUGCCCACCUGAAUGGACUUGAGGCACCUUUGGACCAAUCCAGUUGACCUAUAUUUUGGAGGGCACUAUGUGGGAGUUGGUGCUUCUCAUUUAUAGAGGGUGAAUUUAUUUUUAACCAAAAAAAAAAUGACGGUGAUUUUAAACGUGUAUUGUUGCCUGUAAUCUUGCUGAAGAUGGCCAUAGUUGAAUGUUGUGUUCAGCCAAGUGUGUUUAGCUUCAGUCCAUCUUUUGAGAUCCUGCUGUGUACAUUCAAUGAUUGAUUUUAACAUGUUUUGCUCUUUCUUUCUUUGUAUUUGUAAACAGUAAAUUUUUUUUUUUAAAGGCUGCAAUAUUUAUUCAUGUUUGUUCUUCAGCUAUCACACUCGGUAUUGAAACAAGUUCCUCCAUAGUAUGCUGCAUUGGUACAGUGCUUUGUGCUAUGGAUGACCCUCAAUGUAUGGCAUGAAAUGUCACUGAAAAAAAUUGUGCUGCAAGAAGAAACAAAUUUUAACUAUUUCAAGACUGUGUAAACAUUGUGUUCAACAAGUUACAUUUUCAGAAGAUGCUAAUAAAGUUAUAUUGUCCCAUCAGCAAACUUA